AUAUGAAGCCCAACUAAAUCCUAUGCUUAAACAUCAAUAUCUACUCCCAACGUUUGGUACACGAAGAAGCUGACAAAACUGAACUGAAAGUCUGAAACAAAACCAACACUUCCAGAGUUCGUUAGACUGAAAUCCAAACGAGUCCGAUCAGAUGGAAAACGGAGACAACCACGGCGAGGCAUCGUACCCAAAUGCCGACCAGACCAAAAUCGAGAACAAGAAGACAACAACAGCGGAAUCAUCGGAGGCUUUGGCAAAGGGACUGUCUUCGACCCUCGCCGCCAUCAUUAAAGACUUCGAUUCCAAAGCCCAGCAGACCUUCACCAGCCAAGACCAGCUCUCUCAAGCCCUCGAUCGCCUCACCCGCGAGCUGGAUAAGUUGUUGGAAGAUGCUCCGAUGCCGUUUAUAAUGCAACACGCGGCGAAGAUCACGGCGGUUAGGAAGAGGGUUUUGUCUCUUAACUCGGUUUUGAAGAAUGUUCAACGCCGUCUUGACAAUAUAGACCGCAUGUUAACUGUUGGAGUUCCACAUCCUAAUCAACAUGAUAAGACGAACACUGAACAUUCAGGACUGCAUUAACACUGUUGUGUAUUGGAGUUUCUCAACAGUCAAUCUCCAGAAAAGAUCUAGCACAGUAUCGGGAUUGCAGGGGACAACCUUAUAGUUUUGGGUCCGUCAGUCAACCAAUUGAAGAAUUUUGCCAUCUUUGGCCGAAGCUCAUUGAGGAGUUUAAAAACCACAAGGACGCUCCAUCAUUUGACACAUUGAUGUUACCUGAAAGUCAGAAUCGCUGAAGAGUAAUUAAGGAGAAUAUUUGACAGUCUAGUGUAACUAUGGACAUUGAGUGGGUAGAUAUUUGGCGUUCUGAAUGUUGAAUGGCAGUAGUUUGUGCAGAUGGCAAAUGAGAGAUAACUGUUUCUGGAAUCCUAGUUUAGCAUUAUUUGAUUUUCCAACAUUUGAGCUGAUAUGAUCACUUAGAUAUAUGUACAUUUGUAUUUUGCUAUUGCAAGGUUUUUUGGGGUAAAAAAUGUCAAUGAGAUGUU